GUUGGCAGAGCACUACAACGGUAUCUGCCUUCACUACCCCGCCUUGGAAUAGAUGGCUUGGCUGCGGAUUUCCGAGCGACCGGAUUUUACCCUGGGCAGCUUGAUCUCUUCUACCGUACUGAACUGCUCUUGAUCUUCCUACCAAGACAAGCGACCACGCCACGCCCAAGAAGCAAAAUCGCCUUUUUGUCUUAGGUGCGAGGCAUCCUCAACCGUGAUCGUCCUGGACGUUUCCUGCCCUUUUGCUCGCCGGGAUGCUGUCGUCGGGUCACACGCUCUGCCAGAGUUAGCAAAACACACAGAAAAUCGUGGCCGGCAAACACGAGCAAACCCCCCAUUAUCGACCCACGAUCCCCAUAUCUUCCCCCGGUGAACUGUCCGGGGGGCUCGGGGUAAUAUCGCGCCCAUAACCCAUAAUCGACAAGGCCGAAGGCGCGCGAGACGCUGCCGGCCAGUGGAUCUGCGGGGAUUGCAUCGUUGCAUUUCUCCAAAGAAUGCGGGGUCGACUCCAACCGCACCUCUCAACAUCGAAUUGACGAUCCGUCAUGGCAACACUGCCAGGGUUCCGCGUCUUUUGGUCGUGCUGUCGGCCCAGGGCACCGGGGCAACACGCAUUUCUCUCGCCCACCCGGCCUGGGCCCCCGGCAGUCUCAAGGUGAGCGACCGGGCCGAGGCUAACAAUCUGCUUGACCAGCGUCAGUCAUGCCAUCUCAAGUAUAAAUCAGCUACACGCUCCCCGCGAGUGUUGGCUCCCAAGCUGGUCCUCUUUAGCACCUUUGAAAAGGCUUUGACUCCCGCCGCCCGCGUACGACUCGAACACCCGACAAGAUGGCGAGGUCACUGGCACUGGGCAUGCUUUACGGCCUGUCCUCCCUUCUGGGGACGGCCCAAGGCCAGACGUUCGACCCGAACAAGGCCGGGCAGCAGCACUGGGACCCGGCCCUGGUCGGGACGGACAAGACCACCAACGCCACCUUCAGGAACCCCGUCAUGACGACCAACAUCGGCGACCCCUGGAUGACGAGGUACUCGGCCGGCGGCGAGGACUGGUACCUGUUCACCUACACCACCAACGACAACAUCACGCUGAAGCGGUCCAGGUCCUUGACGGACAACUGGGACAAGGCCGAGUCGCGCGUCAUCUUCAACCCGGACCCCAACAGCGGCGAGCCCUGGUCGACCGACAUCUGGGCGCCCGAGAUCCACAACAUCUCGGACAGGUGGUACGUCCUGUUCACGGCGACGCCAGACCGCGACAACCCGCCGCCCAUGCAGGACGCCCUGUGCCCCAUCAACUGCCCGGCCGUGAACCACCGCAUGUUUGCGCUCGAGAGCAGCGGGCCGGACCCCUGGACGGCCAACUUUACGCUCAAGCCCGAGAUCAACUCGUUUGACCAGUUCGCCAUCGACGGGACCUACUUCCACUACAAGGACCAGCUCUACCACAUUUAUUCGUGCUGGGAGCACGCCUACUCGGCGUGGCCGGCCAACCUCUGCAUCACGCACAUGUCGAACCCCUGGACCGUCGACUCGAACCUGACGGACCGGCGCAUCAUCUCGGUGCCGGACCAGGCGUGGGAGAAGACGCCGUACGGGCGGCCCGACAUCCGGCUGGCCAGCAACGAGGGCCCGCAGCAGCUCGUGAACCCCAAAACGGGCCAGAACUUUGUGAUAUACUCGGCCGCGCGCGUCAACACGCCCUACUACUGCCUGGGAAUGCUGGAGCUUGUCGGCAACGACCCGAUGGAGCACUCGUCGUGGCGCAAGCACACGCAGGGGUGCCUCUUCCACCUCAACACGGCCGAGGGCGUCUACGGCACGGGCCACGCGAGCUUCACGACGAGCCCAGACGGGUCCGAGGACUACCUGGUCUACCACGCGCAGACGACGCCGAACCCAAAGGGCGACAUCUACCGCACGGCGCGCAUACAAAAGUUCACGUGGAACGAAGACGGCACGCCAAAGUUCCCCCUCGCCGGCAACGGGCCGUUCCCCGUGCCCUCGGGCCAGAACGGCCAGAGGCCCGCGGCCGCACAGGCGCAGCCGAGGGGGUUUGGUGAUAGCUGGAACUUUUGAAAGGGGGGGUCAAAAUGGGCGCGGGGAUAACGCGGGUUAUGUUUUACGCGUCUUAAUAUGAUUAGGUUCAUGUCCAGA